AUGAGUACUGCUAAACCUAUUAACGUGUAUUCCAUCCCAGAGCUGAACCAAACUUUGGACGAGGCUUUACCUUCUAUUUUCGCGAGGUUGAACUAUGAGCGAUCAUACGCUUUGCUCGAUACCAAAUUGUACAUAGGGUAUUCCAUUGCUGUUGUAGCAGGGUUGAGUUUCUUCCUGGAUAAAAAAUUCGAGAGAUCUGAAAUCAUUCUGUACCAGAAGCUUUUGGUGGGCGCAUAUGUUGUCUUAUCGUUGAUGUUCUGGUACUUCACUCGUUUCGUUGAAAAGGGGACCGUUUAUACGGGGAAGAACAGAGACACAAAGGAGGAGAUAUACGUUAAGACCAAAUUUGAAAAGAACGAACCUCUGUACCUUGUUGAGCUCAUCCAGAAGAAGAAGGGGAACAGUUCGAGGGAAGAUCUGAAGACUAAAUUAGAAGUUAACAAGGUCUUUAAUGAAAGUGGCUAUUUACAAAAUGAGGUGCUCUUCAAAUGGUUUUCUGAACAGCUCAACGUUCUGGCUACCAAGAAAAACAUAUAA